AUGGCUGUUGUAGAGGAGGAACAUAAGCAACAACAGACCUCGCUGAUUGAUCAAAAUGCUGUUGAAGAAAUCAUCACUGAAGGAACUUCAGUUGUUCAUGGAGAGCUCCCUCAAGAUGAUGGUCCACCAAACCUUGAUUCAACAAUGGAAGUUCUCCAUGAGAAAGUAACAAAGCAAAUUAUUAAAGAGGGCCAUGGUCAGAAGCCAUCAAAAUAUGCAACAUGCUUUUUGCAUUAUAGGGCAUGGACAAAAAGCACCCAGCACAAGUUUGAAGACACAUGGCAUGAACAACAACCCCUUGAGUUGGUAAUUGGAAAAGAGAAAAAGGAAAUGACUGGGCUUGCUAUUGACAUUUCUGGCAUGAGAUCUGGUGAAUGUGCAUUGCUCCAAGCUUCCAGAGACAACAACAAGCGGACUGAUGCAAUUUUAGCUACUGGAGAAAAAGUAUCAGGCAAAGCGCGAAGUGACAUGACGGUAGAAGAGCGAAUUGGUGCUGCUGAUAGGAGAAAGAUGAAUGGAAAUGCUUUAUUCAAGGAAGAAAAACUUGAGGAGGCAAUGCAACAGUAUGAAAUGGCCAUAGCAUAUAUGGGAGACGACUUCAUGUUCCAGUUGUUUGGUAAAUACCAUGACAUGGCUUUAGCUGUAAAGAAUCCUUGCCAUCUUAACAUGGCAGCAUGCUUGUUGAAGCUCAAAUGCUAUGAUGAAGCCAUAGCACAAUGUAGCAUUGUGUUGGUUGAGGAUGAAAACAAUGUUAAAGCAUUGUUCAGAAAAGGAAAGGCUAGAGCAGAACUUGGGCAGACAGACGCAGCUCGUGAAGACUUCCUUAAAGCAUGCAAGUUUGCCCCUCAAGACAAAGCCAUUGCACAGGAAUUGCAUUUCCUUGCUGAACAUGACAAGGCUGUCUAUCAAAAACAAAAGGAACUCUACAAAGGAUUAUUUGGAAAACGCCCCGAGCCCAAACCCGAGAAGAAGAGUUUAUUACUUGUGAUUUGGCAUUGGCUGUUGUCUCUUUUCUAUUAUCUGUUCAGGCGCAAAGCGGGUAAGACCGACUAA